CCGGAAACUCACACGAAUAAGUAAACGGAAGUGAACAGUUAUUACAAGUUAAUUUCCACGUUAUCGUUUUUAUUUAGACGUGUAUUGAUACACUGGAACUCAAAAUAUGACUCCUUUAACUGUAUAGCAUCAAACCCCAUGUCGUGUUUAAUUCACGUUGGAGACGGGACUUGGUUGAUAGCUGUUAUCUAGGAAACGCUAGCUAGCUAGCUGCUAACGUUAGCAAAAAUGGCUAACUGUAUGGUUUUUCACACUCAAAUAGCCUCCAUCAUGGAGGUGCUUGCGAAUGCAGCCGUGGCAGAGAUCUGUAAACUGGUAGACGACGACUAUGCAGUGUUUCGUUUGGAAAUAAAUCAAAGCCAGAAAGAAAACAGGGCAUUGCGUAGGAAACUACUGGAACUGAAGGUUGCACGGGAGCGCGCAGAGAGAACAAUGCGAGAGCGCGUCCUCGCCAGUCGCCCAAGUAGUGUCAAGAUCCUUGACCGAUACAGAGGAAUGACAAGAGGUGAAGGACAUCUCACUGGAGGCCACAGAAGCUUUGUGAAGCCAGCAGAACACAAUACAUGGAGGGAUGACCCAACAAUCACUGUUGAUGAGGGGAGUGGAACCUCAACCCAGCACAUUAUCAUGAUAGAGUCUACAGAUCCAGAGGCUGCAGGUCCUGGGGUCAAACUGGAGAGGUCUGAAGGAGAGGAGGACCCACGGAACAUCAGAGACAUUCAGUCUGGAGCGCCCUCUGUAGCUACGGAGGACCCCACCACCCCAGCGCAGCCCAGGACCCGACACAGCAUCACGGAGGAGGAGGAGGGUCCAGAGGUGCUGCUGGUGAAGGAGGAGGGGUGUGAGGAGGGUCUGGGGAACCCUGAGGGUUCCAUGGUCAUGGAGGACAACCAGACUACACCUCCUCCUGAAUCCACAGAGGAACCAGCUGAGCAGCACAGGACCAAACACAGUCUCACUGAGUCAGUAGACAUGGAGGAUGGGAAUCUUGAUCUGUUGCUAGUCAAAGAGGAGACAAUAGAAGAUGGACCAGAGAGCAUUGACCUUUUGAGUGGACUAAAGAUGGGGGAGCAAGGUGGUUGGCUGGAGGCUAACAGGGGAGACUGGGUGGACAUCUUGGAUUCCCAGAACCAGACGGGUGCAAUCAAGGGCCCAGGGGACAUCACUGAGAAGGCCAGGACCAGAGGCGACAUAGUGGAGGUCAGUGGAUGGGACAGUGUUCUCAACUCUGGGCUGGGGAACAACACUGUUAACCAGAAACAGACUGUUGAACCCAAAACAAUAACUAAACUUAGUCUCCAUGACAAUAGACCAUCUGAGACCAGGGCAAGGUGUAGAUUUGGUAUGCGGGAACAGGGAGGUGUCCGUAUGCGAGGGGAGAGAACAACAGACACAGACUGGGCUAGCAAUGCUCCGUCCUGCUCCUAUAAUUGUGAUUCGGAGACAUUGGUGGCGCCUCAGGUUAACCCCCUAAUAGGUGCUUCCUUCAGCCUGCCUUCUAUAGGAUCUAUAAACUGGAACAUGGACCCUGCAACAACACAGACAUUCCCUGGCCUUCAUCCUCCUCACACUUUCCUAAUGUUAAACCAGACUUCCGACAAUGCCAGUGCCUCAACACCAAAUGACUACACAACCCCAUUGACAAAUUACAGUAGCAGUAACUCUAUCUGCAGAUCCAGUGGCAAAGAGAAGCGCUUCCCGUGUUUGUUCUGCGGGAAAGCCUUCAGUUUCCCCAAACAGGUGGAGAUCCAUCAGAGGAUGCACACAGGGGAGAAAGCCUACAGUUGUACCCAUUGUCAAAUGUGCUUCGCUCAGGCUGGUCACCUAAAGAGACACCAGAGGGUCCACACAGGGGAGAAACCCUACAGUUGCCCCAGUGUGAGAAGAGGUUCUCCCACCAUCCAUGAAGACCUGCAGAUAUCAGGUGUUGCUGGCGGGAGAGACUGGACCUCUGAGGCGGCUGGACACAAACCCUGGCCUCAGAUCAGGACAGUGGAUCAGGAGCUGUCAAGCUUCCUUCCCAAGUCAGAACCAGCACCCAACCGUGAGGGACAGAGACUCCACCACCACACAGAACACAACCAGUGGACAGGGGGACUGAACAACCUCAGUCCUGGUGGUCAUCAGAGAGACAGAGGCUCCAAUCAGGGAUCCAGUCUGCAGCCCAGACCCUUCUCUUCACAGUCUCAGUGCAGGGAAGGAGCAGGACCUGGGGAUGAUAGAGACAGACCCUCCUGUUCCUAUGAUACAAACACCACAGUUUCCAUGAUGAACAAUGCAGGUCACCCUGGGCUUCAGCCAUCACAGAAGGUGGUGGGCGACCCCCCUGGUGAUUGUCUUUCAGGAAGUCUGUCUUCUUCAGGGUCUCGUCGAAUGCCUGGUGACUGGGUUCAUAGAAGUCCUGGGCCUGGGUCUAUCCUUCCUAAGUUACCUCAUGGUUACCCCACCAAUACAGACAGGGUAAGGAUGGGCGUUCACCACAAGAUUUACCUUGCUUAUAACACAGCACACAAUCCCAACAACACCCAAACAAUGACAAGAGGUCAAGGAGGGAGCUCAAAGACUAACCACCUGAGGACGGUGGCUCCUGCUUCUACCUCCGCUGGUGUCAUUGGGUCACAACGUGGGGGGCUGAGCAUUAGGACAGACGCAGACAAGCCGUACGCCUGCCCCACGUGUGGGAAGCGCUUUACUGAGGCGACCUAUGUGAAGAAGCACCAGACCGUUCACACCAAGGAGAGGCCCUUCAAGUGCAAACUAUGUCACAAGAGCUUCUCCUUCCUGACUAACCUUACCAGACAUAGGAGUGUCCACAAAGGAGAGAAAUCAGACAGAACGAGGUUGAUAGAUGUUAGCAAGGUAACGCUAGCUAACUUGCUAACAAUGGCUAACUGUAUGGUUUUUCACACUCAAAUAGCCUCCAUCAUGGAGGUGCUAGCGAAUGCAGCCGUGGCAGAGAUCUGUAAACUCGUAGACGACGACUAUGCAGUGUUUCGUUUAGAAAUAACUCAAAGCCGGAAAGAAAACAGGACAUUGCGGAGGAAACUACUAGAACUGAAGGUGGCACGUGAGCGCGCAGAGAGGACAAUGCGAGAGCGCGUCGUCGCCAGUCGUCCCAGUAGUGUCAAGAUCCUCGACAGAUACAGAGGAAUGGCAAGAGGUGAAGGACAUCCCACUGGAGGCCAAAGGAGCUUUGUGAAGCCAGCGGGACACAAUACAUGGAGAGAUGACCAACCAAUCACUGUUGAUGAGGGUGGUGCAACCUCAAACCAGCAUGUUAUUGUAAUAGAGUCUGCAGAUGCAGAGGCUACAGGUCCUGGGGUCAAGCAGGAGAGGUCUGAAGGAGAGGAGGAUCCAUGGCACAGCAGAGACAUCCAGACUGGAGUAGUUGGAGCACCCCCUGUAGCCACAGAGGACCCCACCACCGCCCCAGCACCGCCCAGGACCCGACGCAGCAUCACGGAGGUCAGUGGAACGCAGAACGCCGUCCUCAAGUCAGAGACCAAGACUUUAACUGUAACACACAGGCUCUUAAACACAGGAUCUGACCACAGAUCAGACCCAGAGAGACUGGGGCUGGGGAGAUUGGGCUGUCCUCCUGCUCCCGGCUCAGAGUUCUUACCGGUAUUUCACCAGAGCCAGAGGAUGGUUCAUUCCCGUGGUGAUAGUGAUGUGUUAGACACUGGCGGUGAUGAUCCGUCUUAUUCUUACGCUACAGAAAUGGACCCUGACAACAUGCCCUUGGGUUUAGAGACACAGACUGAUCUGUCUAGAGGGGAGUGGAACCAGUACGGUAGUAGUGUAUACUCUGAAGGGCACCUAGAUAAGGAAGGGGAGGUUAUAGUGGUAGAUGAAGUGACAGUGAAAGUGGAGGGCGACGCUCCUCCCACAUGGAAUGCAGAUAGUCACCUUGGAGAUGGACACUCACAGGGCAGAGAUUUCUUAGAUUACAGGGAAAGCUUAGAGACUGAUCUAAAUAUCACCACCCACUCCCCUUUACACUUGUUCGGGGAUCACGACCCAGUGUCCACAUCGAUGGGGCCUUCCGAUUCACACAGCCACGUCCUUUUCGAUCAGGUAUUGAACUCAAACGACAGGACUAGAGUCACGGCUCAGGGAGUGGGAGCCACAUCAGGCAAUAGUAAAGAGAAACGGUUCCUCUGCAUGUUCUGUAACAAAGGCUUCAGUUGCCUCCAGAAGGUGGAGAGGCACCAGAGGGUCCACACAGGGGAGAAACCCUACAGCUGUACCCAGUGUGAGAAGAGGUUCUCCCGCCAGGACCAUCUGAAGAUGCACCUGAAAGUCCACACAGGAGAGAGGCCGUUCGCCUGUACGCACUGUGGGAAGAGGUUUUCAGAGAGGAGAUAUCUCAGGAUACACCAGCAGAAAAACCAUUCCACUCUAUAACAUAAAGUAACCAUUCCACACAAUCUUCUGACUUUUAGAUCAAACCCUGCAUUAUUUUAAAUGUCAGCAGAAAAGAUCCACAGAUUGUGUGAUAUUUAAGCCUAAAAGGUCUUUCAUAUUAUUUGUUCUUUGUAGGCUAUAUGAUGUUCAAACUUUCCCAAGGCAAUUAGUGAGAAAAAUAAUUCAGUUUAUCAUGUUCAUGCUGAUUUCGUUGAGAGUUGUGUGGUUUUCAUAUGGUGUAUUUAACACUUGUUUGUUUAAUAAACAAAAAAUUUAACUUUU